AUGCUGCCCCCUCCACGGCCGUAUCUUUCGGGCCCUUUGGAUAAGAUUGCCGCUGUGCGUCUGCCCGGGAAGUCUCCGUCCUCGCUGUGGGAUGUCUCGAUCAAAGACAGCAGAAUUUCUUCCAUAGACCCGCACGACGAUACGCCCAGCUGGGACCCGCUCGGAGACACCGAGAGCGUCCACAACGGCAUAUUGGACGGAUGCAAUCGUCUGCUUGCACCUUCGCUUUGCCACGCUCACAUACAUCUAGACAAGUGCUUCCUCCUCCAAGACCCUACCUAUAGUGACUUGCAGAUCGAAAGGGGCGAUUUCCAGGAGGCCAUGGAGUUGACUACAAAGGCCAAAGCCCGAUUCGACCAAAGCGAUCUGUUGAGGCGCGGACGCACGCUCAUUGACGAGAGCAUUUCCCAUGGCGUCACGGCCAUGAGAGCAUUUGUGGAAGUGGAUAGAGGUGUGCAAUUCAAGUGCAUCCUCGCUGGUUUGAAAUUGAAAGCUGAGUAUAAGCAUCUCUGCGAAAUUCAGCUAUGUGCCUUUGCUCAGUUGCCACUGUUCUCUGGAGAGGACGGAGGCGAGGAGAUCCGAAAGUUGAUGGGUCUUGCCGCCACUAUGGGAGACAUUGAUGUAUUAGGUAGCACGCCGUAUGUCGAAGAUGACGAGACAAAGCAAGAAGCAAAUGUUCAUUGGAUCACCUCGUUGGCGCUAGCCAAUGGAAAGCACCUCGAUCUGCACCUGGACUACUUUCUGGAGAAGCACAGGCAGCCCUUGAUCUGGACGGUGCUGGACAUAACUCGAGGUUAUAAGUGGACCGAAAAACAAGGUAAACAGAUCACUCUAGGCCACUGCACUCGCCUCACCAGGUUCAAUGACGAGGAGUGGACAGCACUGAAACAAGGCAUUGGCGACCUCCCAGUGUCUUUCGUUGGGCUACCAACUUCAGAUCUAUUCAUGAUGAGAACUCGCGCGAAUGUGCGCGGCACGCUGCCGGUGGUUGAGAUGAUCCAGCAACAUGAUCUACAUGCAGCGAUCGCCAUCAACAACGUCGGCAAUGCGUUUACGCCUUACGGAAACUGUGACCCGCUCAGUAUUGCGAGCCUUGGAGUAGGUAUCUACCAGGCUGGCACGAAGCAGGAUACAGAGAUCCUCUAUCAAGUUUUUGGCCGGCAAUCGAGCGAGUGGAUGACGAUCAAUCGUGCGCUGCUUCAAUUUAAAGAGGGGCGUAUAAGCAAGAAAGAAGCGCAUCACAUAAUGACGCAGGUCUUAGGCGACAACUACGAGCUCAGUCAUGAUUUGUUCGACAUCCUGGACCACGAUGAAGCCGAUUGGGGACCUGAAGACUGGUCUCAGCCCAUCAACCCUCCUGAGCACCCACAGACAGUCAAUCCAACUUCGCCCAACUUCUUACAACCAUCAUAUGAGCCCGAAUUUAUUCGUCUCCCAUCCAUGUUCCAGGCGCUGGGCGGUAGUUCGUACACGUCCCGGCCGCAACUGACAAUCAAUCCUACAGUCCUGCAAUCAUCCUCGAUGCCUUAUGCCGCCGAGAAGAUGACGCCGACUCCGUACCGUAACGCCCAAGGGCUUUCGGAUUCUCUCGCGUCAAACUUCGAAGGCUAUUUUGGGUACGACAAUCGCCAGGAGCAUCUCACGCCACAGACUCAAGGCUUGCCCAUCAAUUGGAAUCAUGACCUUUACAUGCCCAACGGUCUGUCAUCCCCAGCUCAUCUGAUGCCAGGCACAGUCGCUUUGCCGCAGCACUACGUAUCAACCCCCUGGCGUCAGGCCCAGACUUUGGCACCCUCGAGGGAUAUCCACAAUGAGAUGGGUCUGAACCCAGGUAUACAGUCGUACAACAAUCUGGGUCGUACGAAAGAGCCACUCCCAACAGCCGUCUUUACAGCCGAGCAGACCCAUCAGCAAUAUCCACAGCCCCAUUGGCAGAAUGGCCACUCGAUGGGCGACGGCCUUGGAGACCGUCUUUGGCAGCAUGAGCAAGAUCAUGGCACUGCGGAACGCCAGAUAUUGCACAUUGCUCCUAGUCCACAAUCGCAAGCCACUCCGCAGUUAGUUUCAGGACAGUUAAGCUCGGAUACCUCCGUCUGUACGAUCGCAACACCAACAACGGGCGUUGCGAACGUUACUCGACUUGUUCAGAACGAACUGAAUAAAGGCCAAGCUCAGUACAUGGCGAGCAUGCAAAUCAACAGCAACAAUGCGAUGGAUGGAUCACACGAAGCGAAUAUGAACAAUGCAGGGCCACAAUCCGGAGAGCCCAAAGCGAAGCUAUUCAGGCCUCAACCAAUCCCUAAGCCGGAAGGCACUUUCAUCCAUGCUAUCUGUGGCAAAGGCUUUCAAACCAGGAACGCAGUGAAGAAGCAUCAUUGGGGCCCAAAGGCCGGGGAUCUGGAGGCCACUAGAGGCUGUUGGGCUAAGAAUAAAAGACCAGACAUCGCUUGGGACGCACAUCCCAGCUGCAAUCUAGGAUCUUCCAAAUUGAGCAUCAAUAACGCUCAACCGACUGCUACCGAAGAAGACGAUUCCAUAUCGACAAGCCCGAACCUGAACGUAGCGCCAGUGCCGACGAUGCUAUCUGGGCGCCCGACCGUUCAGCAAUUCAAUGAUCCUCCGGCUCAUCAUCUUGACACUCUGGUAUCUGCUGCCUCAUUUGCAGAGAGGAUUGAUGCACCCAAGCCGCAGGGCAGCCGAAACGAUUCCGUUGUAGCUUACCUCGACGCCCAAGCUGCUGCUGCCGAACGAAAUCGCAGGACACUACCGCCUUGGUCUACUCCAACCGGGUUUGGGACCGCCCUCACAGGAAGAGCCUCGUACAGUCAAUUGCAGUCGCCUGCCGCUGGCUUGAACAUCACUCAUAGCCCACCGAAUCAAGUCCUUCCGAACAUGAAGCCACCAUCGCAACAACACAUCGGCUUUGCCCCUCCAGGGGGUCGGAUCAGCAAUGCUCAUGCUACCCAGGACGAGGACGUCAGACCCACCACAAUGAACAACAGCGUGCAGGAGAAGCGGCAGCGUGCCACAAGCAAGAAAGCUAGCGUCUCCAAAGGCGAGCAGAAGCUGCCGGACUCCCUUUCUCCAAGCCCAAAGCAGAAGAAGGCGAAGCUCCACAAGUAG